UUUUCGUCAAAGCUCCAUCAGUUUUUUAAAACUUCGCUUACGUUCAAGUUAAACUUUUCAGAAUGACAAGAACUUCGUUUUAUUUCGCACUCAUCUUGUGCAUUUAUGCUUUUGCCUUCAUUGGCUAUGUAAAUGCCGGAGGUGACGUCCAAAAUGAUUUCCCAAGGUGUAAUAAUGGUGAACUCGAACCAUGCGAAACUGUUACUUGCCCAGAUGGAUGGACAAAUGUUCCUGGAGGAGGUUUCUGCUGUUGUAUUUUUUUUCCUUAGUCACUUCAGUAGAACACUUUUAUUAAAAAGAAAAUAUAUUUUCUUCUUCUUCAAAUUUUCUUACAUUCUUGAAUCUGAUAAAUAAAAUUUUUGAAUAUUUUAUUCAUCAAAAAUAUAUAAAUAAUGUUUUUAGUGUUUCGAAAAAAUCGAAAUCUCGAACAAAUUUCAAGCUUUUUUCAAUUUAUCCUGACUCAAUUU